CUAGGGUUUUUGUGGAAGGAAGCGUCAAGAUUGUUUGCGGGGACGAUCGAGCUCGAUCGGGGCAGCUUGGCGCUCGAAUGCAGCUUGAAUCGCUGGAAUUGUAAGCGGCGAGUGGAGCGCAGCAGUCAUGAACGCCGGGCCGUCGGGAUUUCAGAAUGCUCCAAUCACGAAGGGCGUUGUGGUGGUGUGUGGAUUGGCGACGUUGCUCGUCGGCACUUCGCGGAGGAGCAUCAUCAAGGCUUGUGGUCUUUCCUAUCAAGCCGUAGUACAAAAUAUCCAGCUAUGGCGUCUCGGGACGGCGACCUGCGUUUUCUCUUCGACUCCCGAGCUAGUUUUCGGUCUCUAUUUAAUUUAUUUCUUCCGGGUGUUUGAACGGCAGAUCGGAUCAAACAAGUACUCGGUGUUCGUUCUUACAACUACAAUCAUCUCGACACUGUUGGAACUUUCCGUCUUGGCAUUUUUCAGAGAUCCCACAACUUCCGGUAUCAGCCUAGCGCCGGGACCUUAUGGAUUGAUCUUCGCUUCUUUUGUACCGUACUUCUUCGACAUACCAAUCUCUACGCGCUUUCGAGUUUUUCGAAUGCAGUUCUCGGACAAGACCUUCGUGUACCUGGCUGGCCUUCAGCUACUACUCUCCUCGUGGAGACAAUCUCUGAUACCAGGCUUGUGCGGGGUGCUGGCGGGAUUUACAUACAGAUCCAACAUUUUUGGCAUUAGAAGAUUAAAGUUUCCAAAAUGCGUGGCAUCGUUCUUCUCUCGAAUUUUCUCCCCCCUUCUCUUGAGCUGGCCAUCGCCAGCCCCCAGAGGCUUGAGAGAGCCUUCGCGACGUUUAGUCGAGGUAAAAAAGAGCUUUUUGUUUUUGUUUCCAAAGGAAGAACAAGUUCUAAGUGACCAUAAUCUUUGCAGGGACCAUUCGUUCCUCCGCAAGCUCCCGCCCGUGCAGCCGCUCCUCCACCGCCUCCUCCGGAAGAAUCCAUCGCCACUCUCGUCUCAAUGGGCUUCGAUAGAGGCCUCGCCAUCCAAGCUCUGAGCCAAGCUCGAAACGACAUGGUUGCGGCUACCAACAUCCUCUUGGAGCAAUCCCACUAGAAACUCCUUCCACUGUAUACAUUCUUCUCCAAAAGGGGCCCAAAAAUCCACCGAGCACCAAAGUUUUGUUCUUC